CAACCCUUAUUCUGCGACUAGCACAGACCUCUCCGGAGCUCGGCUCCUUGCUUUAUGUUUUGCGAUCGGCCUCGUCAUCCGUUGCCAUCCCAGGAUAACCAUCAUGGAGACAGAAAACUCGCAGCAUAAAAUAUCACACCUUCGGCAGCCGAGCGCCCGGAUUCCGCUCCCCUCAUCUGUUCCCUCCGGCCUGAAUGAGAUGUCUAAUUCCCAGAGCAACAUGCGAGCGCAACCCACAUCGGGGAUUCCCUCCACAAACAACCUGCUGAAGCGCAGCGUCCCAAACCCAGCCCUGCAGUCUGACGCGAAGCGGGUCGUCACGACGGAUAGGGGAGGAGACUUUGGCAGAUCUGCCGCCUCGUCCCAAUACGCCUCUCGGAACGUCAAAGGUGUUGCCCUGAAAGAUACGGCAAGAUUCAAUUACUCGACUGGUAGCGGUCUACCAGGAUCUCGACACACCUCGAGCAGCAGCCAGAGCUCCAUCGCGAGCAGCUACUCGAUGAGUGUUGGGCCUGGCACCCGUCCUUCUUCACGGUCGCGUAUAGCGCACGCCCGAACACAAUCGACUACGAGAAAUGGACGACCGGCUAGUUCUAUGGGCACUAUGGGCACACGCGAGGAGGCAUCGGGCAAAAAUGGAUUUGUAGUCUCGGAUAUCGACGAGAGACUCGGUCAGAUGAAUAGCCAAUUCCAGGAGAUGAGGGAAUUUAUAACGUCAACGGAGAAAAACAAUGCCAGCGUCAAGGACGAACUCGAAAUGGCAAAGAAGAGAGCGGCGGAUCUAGAAGACCAACAACGCGAGUUGCAAAAGGAGCGGGCGAAAAUCUUGGGCAAAUUAACCGACGCCGAGUGCCAGGUUCGUAGCCUCACUUUUGACUUACAGGAUCAGCAGAGACGCCAUGAAAGAUUCUGCCAAGACCUGGUGACCGAACAUGAGAGGAAAUUGAGAGGGAAGAUCGACGACUACGAACGCGAGAUGGACAAAGUAACUAGGCUUCAGCAAGAGUUCGAAGAGAAGUGCGGCGUCGAGGCCGAAGCGAGACUUGAAAAUUUGUCCAACGAGAACAAGGAACUCCGGAGCAGCCUGGAGAGACAGAAGCGAGACCACGAGCACGAGGUCCGUCUUCUCAACAGCGAUAUAGACCGGCAGACUGCACAAGUAAGGAUCGUCGAAGAGAAAUUAAGAAAGGCCGAGGAGGAUCAGCGGGCACUCGAGGUUCACAUCGAGGAGCAUCUCAAAACCAUCGAAAGACUUCGAAAGAGGGCCGAAGACGCGGAGGAGAGGCUCUCCAAAGACAAGGGGCACCUCGGCGGACAGAUUAGCCUCCUGAGUCAGAAGCUGGACUUCAGCUCCGAGCGCAUCCAGAGUCUAGAAGAGCAUAACAAGACCGUGGAGCUCGAGUGCGAGAAGCGGGUCAAGGAAGUCGAACUAGCCGCGCAGAAGGAAAUCACCGAGGCGACCGGCCAGCUGCGGGAGAGACUCAUCAAGGAAGAGGAGAGGCGACACAAGCUCUUCGAACAAGUGCAAGAGCUCAAGGGCAACAUCCGAGUCAUGUGCCGAAUCAAGCCGCCGGCCGACAGCGACCGCGACGCCCUCAUCCAGUUCAACCCGCGGGCCAGCGAGCUCGACGAGGAGAAGAUCGACGGCAUCACCAUCCCGACCGAGCGGGAGGACUUCCGAGAGCCCGGCAAGAUGAUCCCCGGCAAGCCGAAGGAGUUCAACUUCGAGCGCGUGUUCGACGAUCGCUGCACCAACAAGGACGUAUUCGACGAGAUUAGUCAACUCGUGCAGUCGGUCAUGGACGGCAAGAAGGUCUGCAUCUUCUGCUACGGCCAGACGGGCUCGGGCAAGACGUACACGAUGAGCCGGCGGGAGGGCGACGGCGACAACGGCAUCAUCCCGCGGACGCAGGCGAUGAUCUUCGGCGAGGUGGAGCGGCUCAAGGGGCUGGGGUGGGAGUACACGAUCGAGGGCGGCUACCUGGAGGUGUACCAGGACCGGCUGUACGACCUGCUGGCGUCGCGGAACUCGAAGCCGGAGGCGCUGACGGUGGAGGCGGUGGGGGAGGAGCUGAGCAUCCGGGGGCACUCGUUCACGCUGCUGCAGGAGGAGCGGGACCUGGAGGCGAUGAUCGGGGCGGCGGACGCGAACCGGCACGUGGCGGCGACGGCGAUGAACGACCGGUCGUCGCGGUCGCACUCGAUCCUGGUGCUGAAAGUGCGGGGGGUGCAGCGCGGGCCGGCCGGCGAGGCGCUCAAGACGCGCCGCGGCACGCUCAACCUCAUCGACCUCGCCGGCUCCGAGACGCCGGACCGCGCCCGCGGCGACCAGGUCUACCAGGAGGGCGUCCAGAUCAACAUGUCGCUGAGCUACCUGCGCACCGUCCUGUCGAGCCUCGGCCAGGGCCGCACCGAGGGCGUCGACUUCCGCUCCUACACCCUGACCCAGCUGCUGCGGCCGUCGCUCGGCAAGGGCUGCCGCACCCUCAUGUUCGUCAUGGUCAGCCCGCUGAAGGACAACGAGAGCGAGACGAUCCGCAGCUUGGAGUUUGCCCGAGACGCCCAGAAGGUCAAGAUGGGCGGCGGCAGCAACGGAGGCGCCGCGAAGUCCAAGAAAUGAGCCACGAAACUGCCUCCUCUAGGGAUGCCGGAAUGUUGAGCAAGGUGCUGUACCGACGGCGCUCUCGAUCAUCCCCUUGCGCGAGGUCGGCAUUUCAUUUACCGUUCCGUGGACAACGACGCUUAUGGGAGGCAUUAAAAGUAGCAGACGGAAGAUGAGGUUGAAGUAUGCUUAUAUAUUUUCAAGAUGCCGGGCGCAUACCGCCUGUUAUCAAAGUGAGGUUUCCGGAUAGACUUCCGUAUCGCCCACGUGUGGCGCGUCUCUGUUUCUCCCCCCCUC